CCCUCCAUAUUCACCGCAUCAGCCCAACACUAUGCUGGGAAGGAUGUUUGGCUCUGGUCGAGAGCACAACUUCACACGGCCCAAUGAGAAGGGAGAGUUCGAGGUUGCAGAGGGCAUCAGCUCCACCGUCUUCAGAGCCAUCCUGGACUACUACAGGUCCGGUGUGAUCCGUUGUCCUGAUGGCAUCUCCAUCCCUGAGCUCAGAGAGGCGUGUGACUACCUCUGUAUCUCCUUCGACUACAGCACCAUCAAGUGUAGAGACCUCAGUGCGCUGAUGCACGAGCUGUCUAAUGACGGCGCGCGGCGUCAGUUUGAGGCGUACCUGGAGGAGAUGGUGCUGCCGCUGAUGGUGGCGAGUGCGCAGAGUGGGGAGAGGGAGUGCCACAUCGUAGUGCUCACCGACGACGACGUGGUCGACUGGGACGAGGAGUACCCACCACAGAUGGGAGAGGAGUAUUCUCAGAUUAUCUACAGUACAAAACUCUAUCGUUUCUUCAAGUACAUCGAGAACAGAGAUGUGGCCAAGUCCGUUCUAAAGGAGCGAGGACUCAAGAAGAUUCGACUAGGCAUAGAAGGUGAUACCACGACUUCUCAAGCUCCAACACACACACACACACACACACACAGGGUAUAAAAUUAACUUUUUUGCUUGUCUGCCAAUGGCGGGUAAGCAGGACAAUUUACCUGCCAAAAUAUUUUUCUACCGGCCACAAAAUUGUCAUUA